AUGACAAGACUACUCACAAGCCCCGAUAACCAUAGCUGGAAAUCUUACGAAAAACCCAACUGCUGCUACAAAGGAACAUACGAAGUGCCGAAGUCGUCAACGAUUCAGGAGAAUCUUAUGUCGAUGGCGCUCAUGCUGGACCUACCCACGGCUAUUCCACGCGAUGUGUUUUCACUUUCGGAAUUUCCAUCAUCCGGCGUGACAAUAAAAGAAAGCAAUAGUCUGUUUGAUGAUUUGGAAUCAGACUGGAAUGAUAUCAUCGAGCCUACUCCAUUUCGUGAAGGAACAUCGUUAGCGACAACUUCUGGUGGGAAGCCAGCGAUAGUUCAAGUCCAAGUCCAAGACUCAGCUUUCGAGCCAAAAGCAAUGGAUUCCAACUCGAUAUCACUGCUGCCAGAAGCUCGUGAAGUACUAUCCCUUCUACUUCCAUCCCGUGGAGAUAACCGAAAGCGCAGUAUUGAACCGUCGAAAUCAGCGUCGAAGAGAGCUAGACCCAAUCCAACCAAUGGAGAAAAGAAAGACCUGGGAGUCGCCAUGGGUGUCAGCCGUCAAGACGAAACGAUCAAUCCACGCUUCAGGGUAUACCAAGAUGCCCAGUGGCAGGAGCAAUUCGAAGCGCUCCUCAAAUACAAACAACAGUUUGGGCACUGCAAUGUUCCACACACCUACGAGCACGAUCUCGCUCUAUCCCGAUGGGUGAAGCGUCAGCGAUGCCAAUACAAGCUCAAACUCGAUGGCAAGCGCACCUCCAUGUCCGCGGAACGCCAACAAAAGCUGGAUGAUGAAGGCUUCGUUUGGGAUCCUCAUACGGCGUUGUGGGAAACCCGACGUGCCGAGCUUCUCGAAUACAGAGCGAGGGAGGGCAACUGUAACGUUCCCUGUCGCUAUGCCAAGAAUCCACAGCUUGGAAUGUGGGUGCGAAGCCAGCGGAGAGAAUACAAAUUGCUCUGCGAGGGGCAGCUAUCAAGGCUGACACCCGAACGCUACCGAGUUCUGGACGAUAUGGGCUUUGUGUGGGAGCCACGAGCUGUUGGAAGGACAAACAAGAAAGCUACAUCAUGA